AUGCAGGUUCCCCUCAUCCGCCUCCAGUGCGGCGUCAACUCGUACGAAUGGGGCAAAAAGGGCAACGACUCUGCCGCCGCCAAGUUUGCAGCUGCGACGCCGGCAGCCGACUUUUCCGUGCAACAAGAUAAGCCCUACUCCGAGCUCUGGAUGGGCACCCAUCCCUCCAACCCCUCGCGCGACGUCCAGACCGGUCGAACUCUCCUGGAGCUCAUCGGUGAGAACCAGGCGCUUCUCUCCACGACCGUUUCAGCCCGAUUCGGCGAGAAGCUGCCCUUUCUCUUCAAGGUCCUUUCCAUCAACAAGGCCCUCUCGAUCCAGGCCCACCCCAACAAGAAGCUCGCCGAGCAGCUGCACGCCCGCGAUGCCAAAAAUUACCCCGACGACAACCACAAACCCGAAAUGGCCAUUGCCAUUACUCCCUUUGAAAGCCUCUGCGGCUUCCGCCCCCCGCACGAGAUUGCGCACUUUCUGAGCGUCCUUCCCCCCCUGCGUCGGCUCGUCGGCGAGGACAAUGCGGUCCAGUUUGAGAAGAUCGCUAAAGAGGACCCCGAGGGCCCGUGUUCGGAAAACAAGAAACAGGCGUUGAAGAAGGCGUUUGCCGGCCUUAUGGGCUCCUCCCAGGAUGCGGUCGCUACCGAAGUCAAGAAUCUGGUCGAGCUGGCCAAAAAGGACAAGGAUCAGUUUGCCGCUGGCGGUGUGCAAUCCACCCCGGGCGAAACGCUCGCUGAGCUCGUGGUCCGUCUCGACAGCCAGUUCGAAGACGACAUUGGCCUGUUUGUUUUGUUCUUUCUCAACUUUAUCAAGAUGCAACCCGGUGAGGCUCUCUUCCUCGUCGCCGACGACAUCCACGCCUACGUCUCGGGUGACAUCAUGGAGUGCAUGGCCGCCUCGGACAAUGUGGUGCGCGCCGGCUUCACACCCAAGUUCAAAGAUGUGUCCACCCUCGUCGACAUGCUCACGUACAACUACGCGCCCAUUGAAGAGCAAAAAAUGACGCCCACAGAGUACCCCUACGCCACCCUCAACCGCGCCGGCUACAGCAGCGGCUCGGCCGUCCUCCUGUACGACCCGCCCAUUGACGAGUUUGCCGUGGUGCGCAGCGUUCUGCGCGGCCCGGACGCCAAGGCGACCUUUGAGCCGCUCGAUGGCCCGAGUAUCGUCAUUUGCACAAACGGCACCGGCACCAUCUCCGUCGGCCCCACGAGCUACGAAAUGAAGGAAGGUUACGUCUUCUUUGUGGGUUCCACGGCUGAGCUGGUGCUUGAGUCGACGACAGGCGAGGACGAGGAGUUUACGACAUUCAAGGCCUAUUGCGAGGUCGACAACUGCGCCAAUAACAGUAAGCAGAAGCUGUAA